GCAGAUAGCUACUUCCACAUAACCAUCACUUCAACUUCCCCCACUCUCUCACCACUGCAGUCUCACACUCACCACACCCCCCCCCAACCUAGCUCUCUUAAUCAAUCAAACACCACCAUUAAUUUCCAUAGAAAUUAAGAAGAGUAGCACAGUAGCUAGAGAUGAGAGCAGGAGGGUGCACAGUGCAACAAGCCCUAGCCCCGGAGGCGGCGGCUAUCGUGAAGCAGGCGGUGAGUUUGGCGCGGCGGCGGGGCCACGCGCAAGUGACGCCGCUCCAUGUCGCCAGCGCGAUGCUCUCCUCCUCCGCGGGGCUGCUCCGCGCCGCCUGCCUCCGGUCCCACUCCCACCCCCUCCAGUGCAAGGCCCUCGAGCUCUGCUUCAACGUCGCCCUCAACCGCCUCCCCGCCGCCGCCGCCGCCCCCCCGAUAUUCAGCCACCACCACCAUCACACUCACUAUCACCAGGCGAUGUCGCUAUCGAACGCGCUCGUUGCAGCGUUCAAGAGGGCCCAGGCGCACCAGCGCCGCGGAUCGCUAGAAAGUCAGCAGCAGCAGCAGCAGCAACAGACGAUCCUCGCCGUCAAGAUCGAGCUUGAGCAGCUCGUAAUCUCAAUCCUGGAUGAUCCGAGCAUUAGUAGGGUGAUGAGGGAGGCUGGUUUCUCCAGCACACAAGUGAAGUGCAUGGUGGAGAAGGCCCUUUCCUUAGACCCUAACCCUAACCCUAACCCUAGCAAGCCCAAGGAGGUGGUUAUAACCACCACUACUCCUUUUAGCCCAACCCAGGUGAGCAAAGCUAGGGUUUUGGAUCAUCAAGUGGUGAUCAGGAAUGAAGAUGUUGUGAGCAUCUUGGAGUGCAUGGCUACAAGGAGGAAAAGGAGAAUUGUGGUGGUGGGUGAAUGCUUGGCCACCAUGGAAGGAGCUGUUAGAGUGGUGAUGGAUAGAGUAAGCAAGGGAGAGGUCCCUGAGAGCUUAGGUACCAACCUGCAGUUCAUACCAAUUCAACUACACUCAUUCAAGCACUUACCAAGGGAGGAGGUGGAUCUAAAACUUGGGGAGCUGAGGUGCCUUGUGAAGAGCUUUUGUGGAGGGAAUAAGGGGGCAGUUUUGCUGUUGGAGGAUCUAAAAUGGGCUUCUGAGUUUUGGGCUAGUUGUUUGGAGAAGGGAAGAGGCCACUAUUGCCCUGUGGAGCAUGUGAUCAUGGGGAUUAGGAGCUUGGUUUGUGGCUUAAUUGAGGGUUUUUGGCUUAUGGGUUUUGGAACUUAUGAGACCUACAUGAGGUGUAGUGGUGGAAACCCUUCUUUGGAGGCUCUCUGGGGUCUUCAGGUUCUCACCAUUCCUAAUUCAAACCUGGGAUUGAGCCUCAACUGUAGCAGUGAUUCACUGAGCUAUGCUAAGGCCAAGAUAAGCGGAAAUGAAUCUUCGCUGUCCUUGUUAGAUGGCGGAGUCGAGAGUCAGCUUACAUGCUGCACCGAUUGCUCUUUCAAAUUCAAUAGCGAGGCUCGAAGCUUGAAGAACAUGUCUUACAGAAGCCACAGCUCCAUCGCCUCAAAUCUACCUUCAUGGCUCCAACAAUAUAAAGAAGAGAACUUAAACAGCAAUGAUCAGGGUUGUCUCCAGGUGAAAGAUCUAUGCAAGAAGUGGAACUCCAUAUGCGGCUCAUCUUGUAGGAAUCGGCAUCAUCCAUCGGAGAUUACCCUAAAUUUCUCCUCACUAUCCCCGUCUUCUUCGAUAUCCUCCCAUGAUCAUAAGCCAUGGCCACUUCCUCUCGAGGCCAAACACCCGUGGAGCGAAGGCUACCCCCGGCUUUCGGAGAACAACGACGAAGGCCUCGGACCCGAUUCAAGAAGUAACUCCCAAGAGAUAAUUAUGGGACAACAGUGUAAUACAAACCCUAACCCUAACUCAGCUUCUUCAAGUGGCACAGUGCAUGGGGAGUGUCUUCCUAAGUUCAAAGAGCUUAAUGCUGAGAAUCUAAAGAUCCUCUGCGACGCGUUGGAGAAGAGGAUCUCAUGGCAAAAGGGUAUAAUCCCCGUGAUAGUGAGCGCAGUUCUCCGGUGCAGGUCAGGGAUGAAGAGGAGGAAAGGUGAGUCGAAGUCGAUGAGCGGCACCAAGGAGGAGACUUGGUUGUUCUUUCAAGGAGUUGAUACUAGUGGGAAAGAGAUUGUAGCUAGGGAGCUAGCAAAACUUGUUUUUGGUUCUUAUGACAGUUUUAUCUUGGUUGAGCUUAACACUUCCUCAUCGACACGGUCGGAUUCUAGUGAUGAUCGUGCAAACAAGAGAUCGAGAUUGGAGGCGAAAGAAAGCUAUCUCGAUCGACUCUUUGAAGCUAUUCGAGAAAAUCCGCACCGUGUAAUAUUGAUGGAGGACAUCGAGCAAGUUGAUUAUUAUUCUUUACUUGGUAUUAAGAAAGCAAUUGAGAGUGGAGUGAUUCGGAGUUACAAUGGCGACGAAGUUAGGGUUGGUGAUGCUAUCAUUAUCUUGAGCUGUGAGAGUUUCGACUCGAGAUCGAGGGCUUGCUCUCCUUCAGUUAAGCAGAAGGUGGAGAUGAGUGAGGGCGAGAAGGAAGAAUCAGAAGAGAUAAGCUCAUCCAUGUGUUUGGAUUUGAACAUUCGUAUCGAAGAAGAUGUGGAGUGUUUGUUCGAUAACGUCGGUCUCAUUGAAGCAGCGGAUCAAGUGGUCUUCUUCAGAUUGCCAGAGGAGUUGUGAUCUGAAGAUAUUUUCAUAUUUUUUUUCUUUCUUUCUGAAUAUUUCCUUCUCUUUUAAUCUUUUCUUCUUUUUUUCUUGUUUGGUGAGGUAUAAUUUAAAAAGAAAGAGGUUUUGGUUGCUUAAGUUAGAAUUAGGAAGUUGAAAUACUUGUAGCUUGUCCUGUGGUAUUGGUUUAUGGUUUUCUUUUUCCCUUUUUAUUUUUUCUAUAUGAAUCUCUAUAUAUUAUCA